AUGGUCGCGUGCCCAAUGAAGAAGCUCGGGCCGGUGGUCUCAUUUUCCAUGGAUGGCCAAUCAUUCUCCAUCCCGCCCUCCCAAUUCAUCCAAGAGACCGGUUUCCAUGACGGCUGCGCAUUAACGAUAACCCAGGGGCCUGUCAACUCAAGAAUUAUCCGCCUGGGCCGUCCCUUUCUGCGUGAAUUCUGCACCACGUUCAGCUACGAGGGAAAAAUUGGGUUCACCGAGAAAGAGUCGACAGUGGCAGUGGAAAUA